AUGUAUUAUUUUUUGAAAGACUGCAACAAUUUGGCAGCUAAGAGGGUUGCUAGCCACCUAACUAAUGUCAAUAUAGAGGGGAUAAAAAUUUAUCGAAAAAAUAUCUUCAUUUCAAACACUUUAGUUAGUGACAAAGUUAAUCGAAUUAAAUCGGAUCCAAAUAGUGUAAGGACAUAUUGCACAUUUUUAACUGGAAACAGAAAUAUUGGUUAUUCAAAAAAUGACAUAAAAAAACAAAAUAAAAAGAAAAAAACAUUUUGUGAAAUAAAUAAUAAAUUAUUUUUUUCUACAAAUAAAAAAAUAAAUAUUAUUAAUCCAGAAAAAAUACGUAACGUAGCUAUAAUUGCACAUGUAGAUCAUGGAAAAACAACACUUGUUGAUAAAUUGUUAAGACAAGGAGGUGAAGAAACAAAUAAUGAUCGAGUAAUGGAUCAUAAUGAUUUAGAAAAGGAAAGAGGUAUAACUAUAAUGUCAAAAGUUACAAGAAUAAAACAUGAUGAUUAUUUUUUUAAUAUUGUUGAUACACCUGGUCAUUCGGAUUUUGGAGGAGAAGUAGAAAGAGUUCUUAACCUAAUUGAUGGGGUUUGUUUAAUUGUUGAUGUAGUAGAAGGCCCAAAAAAUCAAACAAAAUUUGUUUUGAAAAAAUCCCUUUUAAAUCCAAAAUGUAAAAUUAUAGUAAUUAUGAAUAAAUUUGACAAACCAAGUAAUAUUAAAAAAAAAGAAGAAAUUGAAAAUGAAAUAUUUGAUUUAUUUGCAGAAUUAAAUGCACCAGAUGAAUUAAUGAAUUAUCCAAUCCUUUAUGCAUCAGCUAAAAAUGGAUGGUGUACUGAUAAUUUCGAGGAUGCUAAACAAAAUAAAUGUGAGCAAGAUAAUGUUUUAAUUAUAUUUAAAAAAAUUAUCGAAUAUUUUGAUUCUCCAAUUAGUUCGUCAAAUAGUAUGCUUGAAAAAUAUUAUUCUACAAACCCCGAGCUUGACCCCAAAAAUUCCCUUACUACCCAAGAAACAAAUUUAGCUGAUAAAAAAAAAGAAUUACAAGCCCAAAUAAUAAAUGAGCCAUUCAGUAUGCUAGUCAGUCUUAUAGAUAACCAAGAAGGUGUUGGGGUUAUUAUUACUGGAAAAAUAUAUAGUGGGUGUAUAAAAAAAGGUGAUAGUAUAAUUGUUAAAAGUGAAGAUAAUAAAACAAAAGGUACAGCUAUUGUAAAAAAUAUAUUUUAUAUGAAAGGAAGAAAAAUAGAAAAUGUAAAUUCAGCUAGUGUUGGUGAUAUUGUAAAUAUAUCAAUUGCUAAAGGUAUUGUACCAUCUGUUAAUGAUACUAUAUUAUCUGAAGAAAAAUUAGAUAGUUUAAAAGCUAGACCUAUAGACCCUCCAGUCCUUUGUUUAAAAAUUUCACAAAAUACUAGUCCUUUAACUGGAAAAGAUGGAAAACAUAUAACUUUAUCAUCAAUUGGUAAUCGACUUAAAAAAGAAGCAGCUAUAAAUGUUGCAAUUGAAAUUAGUGAGUCGGAAAAAAAAGAUAGUUAUGAAGUAAAAGGCAGAGGAGAAUUACAAUUAGGUAUACUAAUUGAAAAAUUAAGAAGAGAAGGAUAUGAAAUGACUAUAUCUUCACCAAAUGUUAUAUACAAAAAUGAUGAAAAUGGAAAUUUGUUAGAACCAAUUGAAGAAUUUCAUAUUACUAUACCUUCAUUAAUUAGCUCAAAUGUUAUUGAAAAAUUAAAUACAAGAAAAGCUGAUAUUAUUGAUAUAAUAAAUGAUAAUGAUAAUACAUUUAUAAAAUGUAUUUGUCCAUCUAAAAAUUUUUUUGGUAUGCGAUCAUAUUUACGUGAUAUAAGUAAAGGUACAUCUAUAGUCAAUUCAGAAUUAAAAGAAUAUAAAAAAAAACAACCCUCAUAUAAAAGUGAUAGGAAUGGUGUUAUUAUUUCAUCUUCUAAUGGAACAACAACUGCUUUCUCAUUAGACCCUAUCCAAUUAAAAGGCAACCUAUUUGUUAGUGAAAAUUAUCCAACCUAUGAAGGUAUGAUUAUAGGAGAACAUUUUUUAAGCAAUGAUAUUGAAAUGAAUGCAGUUAAAGUAAAACCAGUACAACAUUUAAGAAAUAAAGGACAUGAAGAAACUAUCAGAAUUAACCAUAAAAAUAUCACUAUCGAAUAUGCUCUAUCUUUUAUUCAAGAUGAUGAAGAAAUUGAAGUUACUCCUAAAAGAAUAGUUAUGCGAAAAAAAAUACUUAACACUGAAUUAAGAAAGACUGCAAAUAGAAAAGCAAAAAGCUGUUAA